GACAGAUACUCAUGACUGUACCUGUUUCUUGAGAACAUCGAGUACCCCAACCGAUCUCAUUUCCCGAAUAGAUAUUUAAUCAGUGGUCUAUCAUUGAUAUUGUCAUUUCCUCAUCACUGCAAUAUACUAGACCUCGUUUUUCUCCAACUGAGUUUAAAAGCCUUGACGGCAUAACAAGGUUUCCAGGUCUUUAAAGGAGUGGCCAUUGCUUAUCUUUUUCAGAGAGGAAAGAAUGCUGCUACUGCAGAAAUUGGUUUGUUUCGUCAUUCCAGCAAGUAUUUUUAUUCUUGCUCUACCAGUUGUUUGUUCAUCUCAAGAACAUGCAAAAAAUGCAAGUAAAAAAGACCACCUUGAUAAGCUGAGCGCAAAAUUUCUGUAUGAGAUUACACUCCAUGGCCUUCUCCUCUGGGCUUCAAUGGGGUUCUUGAUGCCUGUUGGGAUACUUAUUAUAAGAAUGUCAAACAGAGAAGAAAGUGGGAGAAGGCUCAGAAUUCUGUUCUAUGUUCAUGCGAUUUUACAGAUACUGGUGGUACUUCUUGCCACGGCAGGAGCAGUACUGUCCAUCAAAAACUUCAACAAUUCCUUCAACAAUUAUCAUCAAAGAAUAGGGGUAGCCCUAUAUGGUAUCAUAUGGCUGCAACCACUCGUUGGGGUUGUAAGGCCACAGAGGGGGUCCAAAGGAAGGAGUGUAUGGUUUUUUGUGCAUUGGCUACUUGGAACUGCAGUAUCCCUACUUGGAAUUCUGAAUGUAUAUUCAGGUUUACAAGCCUAUCAUGAAAAGACAUCAAGAAGUAUAAGGCUUUGGAUUAUCAUUUUCACCGCUGAGAUGUCCUUCAUUGCCUUCUUGUACCUGCUGCAAGACAAAUGGGUGGAUAUGCAAAAUCAAGGAGUCAUUAUGGCCAGUGAACCCAUAAGGCCAACUGAAAAAGAGGUUUCUACAAGAGACACUGAAAAGGAGUUGAUGAUUAAGUCUUGUUGAAGAAGAAUGUCUUUGAUUUUCCUACAACCCACUCUUUUCAACCUUCUCAUCCGGUUUUCUAUCUGGAUCUUCUCCUCUAUAACGGUUUUCUAUCCGUGAGUUAAGAGAACAUUUGGCGUCGAAUAUUGGGAUGGGGAUUCGGAGAAGAUGGAUUAAUAUAAAUGAUUUAUAUUUAAAAUUUUAUAUUCGAUUUUAGGAAAUAUACAUGGCUCUCUUAUGGAGUUUGCAAAUGGUAUGUGUCUUUACCUUACCAAAUACCGAGUAACGAUCAAUCAAUGUGUAAAAGAGGAAAAGUAAGAACAAUAGCUUAUCCUCAAUAAACUUGUCACCUUUGAGCUA